AUGUGCAAAAGUAUUCCAGACUGCUUAUCAAGUGGAAGUGGAGAGGUGGUGGUUUAUGGCAAAGCAAGGAGGGGUGCUGUGGAAAAUUAUGUGACAGGGCUGGGAGAGGCGCACCUGUAGGCAAUGGGUCCUCAACCACCUCCGGAGCCAGAGUGGAUUCAUCCGGUGUCUGCUCCUGAGGAACCGGCACAGGUGCAGGCGCUUCAGAUUCAAGGCCCUGCCCCGGCUCAGCCGGCCCUGGAGGCGGGGACUCCUGUGCAGGCUGGGAUUCCUCCGGUUCAGCCUUUGAAUCAGAUUCCCAGGCCAUCACACGCAGCCUUUGAUUCAAGCAGAAAUCAAGCAUGGCUCUCACUCUCUGGCUCCUGCCUGCUUCUGGCCCAGCUAGCUCUCACGCACUCUGGCUUUUGUCUUCCCAUCUGCCCUCCUGCAGAAAACUUUUAUUAAACUAACAACCUGUAUUUAGGGCCAUUACCAAGAAGCUGGCCUGGAACCCCCCAACUUUACAACACUACCUCUCUUCAAGAACAAGACACCUGUCUACCCCCCACCAUGUACAAACAAGCAACAGAAUAAUAGCUUCCCAGUUGGAAAAUAACACAAGUUAACAAAGACGUUAAACACACAUAAUCCAAAACAGUCAAACACAGUUACACUUCUAACACCUCAGUUACACUUCAACACUGGUCCAGUAACAACUUUAUAUUUUAUUCUUCAUUCCAUUUAUAUAUUGCCCUUCAUCCGUAUAUCACCGGUGUGUGUUUCACAGCACAGAAAUACAAAAAGAGAACACAGAACACAUCACAAAGCAGAAACAAACCAAUACCUCCCCUCCCACAAACACAUUUAAAAGGCCAUAUAAUGUUCAAUCGGCCAAAGGGCUAGGUUCCCCCCCUUAUGUUUGCUUUGCUUAGACGAAAGAUUAUCUGGGAAUGUUUCACAGAGCAGAAUGAAAAGUUGUGAAUCAGAAACUGUGUAUCAAACAGUACCCUGAGCAGCAAGUUCAUCUCGCAUGGCAUACUGCUGGCAGAGCAAGGGAAAGGAAGACACCAGAAGAAGGAAAGAUCAGAAGCAGCCAGUGGUUGUAAGUAUGGUACAAGCUGAAUUCUAAGUUGGGUUGGGGGCUAUAAAAGGAGGGGGGUUGUUUCAAAGGUUUAUGGUUACUCAGAACCUCCAAGUCCCAUAGAGCCAAAUGUAUACCUCUUUAGUUCAUAAAAGCCCUCAUUUUUUACACUUAUUCUCUGGGGGUCCUGAUGCAAAUUCUCAGGCUCUUGGAAUGUAACAGGACCAUAAGUUAAUGCAGAUUUUUGCUGCGUUUGGGGUUUUGGGGAAAUAGGCAUUUAAAUUCUUGAUCCCAUGAGCACGGUGCAGGAGUUAAUUUCACAGGCAUUUACUUGUGCGUGUGGAGGGAAGUGUGUUCUGCUUUGGGCAGUUGUGGCUCUUUUACUACACCCCACUCCUUAUUGUCUGAAUCGAGUUUUGCUCUGUUUAUGCACAGAAGUCCCAAUCCUAGUGAUGUGAUCGUGGCUUAUUUUUGAACGGAAGUAAAUGAUUUGAGCAAAUUAUGCAAGCAAAUAGUGUGAGGAAUUUACCCUGUUGAUUUCAUGGGAUUUGAAAACCCACUAUUAGGUCUACAAAUGACUGAAUUUGUUAGGGUUUGUUUCCAUGUGUCCCAGAGAUCUGAAUCAUUGUGGUUGAUGACACAACUAUGUCCACAGUUCGGCCCCCAAACAGUGACUAUUUGGAGGUCCCUAAGGAUAUGGCAUCAAAACUCACUCUCUCAUACAUCUUGAUAGAUAUAUCUUAAUGAAUAAUAAUGAUGUGUUUGUGGGAGAGGGUUAUUGCUUUGUUUUUGUUUCUGCUUUAUUGCGCAUUUUGUAUUCUCAGAUUUUAUUUUUGUGUUGGGAACCACACUGUGAUCUUUGGAUGAAGGGGGGUUUACAAAUUCAAUAAAUAAUAAAAAUAGUAUUAUCUUUACAGUUUUUCAGUGUCAACCAUGCCUUGGUUCACAUACAAGGGAAUGAGUUUGCCUGUAGCGGACUACUACUCAGAGGAAACACUCCGCUAUGUUGAAAAUGAAUUCCAAAUGUUGGAUGAUGAUAUAGUGAAUGUUACUUACCCCAAGUCAGGUUAGUGGUGCACUUAGGUAAUUUUAAAUGCUGAAGUAAAUGGUGUUUCAAAGAUGAUGAUGUCGUAUUUUAGAAAUGUUAAACAAUAAAAUAGUUAAUCUCUCCCUGCAUCCCUUUUUAUGCUUUACAUCUCCUACAGGCUUUGUAUGUUAAGGCACACUUUUUUUUUUGAUAAUUUAGAAAUAAAAUAGUUUCAUUUAAAACCAAUGAUCAUGGCCCUGUUAUGACUACAGGCUGUUUGUAUCAUUCCAUUCCAGCAGCAACACCAUGCACAAAUGCAUCUUAAACUUGUGAUUUAAAACACCAGACUCCUAAGCAGAUAGCCUGCACGAUAUAUGUUGUAUUUCUACUGUAGCUGAUCUAUAAAAUAAUCAGGAAUAUACACUCUUGCUUAAGAGAAUGAUGCUGGGGGGAGGGGGGAGGAGUCCCAACUCAUCCCAAAUUUUUGCGAUAAUUUCAGAAACCAUCAGAUAACCCAACCAAAACUGACCAGUAAUCUGGUAAUGGACUACAGUUUAGUUUGCACUGUCCCCUAUUCGCCCUGGACUUCUUUUUUCACAGCCAACUUUAAUCAAUCCCUUUAUCUCCCAUUUUCUCUCCCCACAUCCCUCUGCCCCCUGUCCCACCCACUGAGGUACAAAGCUCUCUGGAUUCCUGACUAAGCAGACCAAGUUCUUAUCACAAAAUGCAGAAUCAGGCGGCAUUUGCCCUCAAAUGGAAGGUCAGUUAAGGAAUCUUAGGCUCAAUCUUAGGCUCUCAAUCUUAGCCUCUUGUGGAAUAUCUGUUGCCUGUCAGGGUCCUCAGUACUGGAAUAGCUGGAUCACUGGAAUAAAGCUUAUCAGCUGUAGUUCCAGGGGUCUUCCUCCUACAGGAGUGAGUUGAUCAUUUGCUUGGCUUCCAACCUAGCACAGUUUAUGUGACAGGAAGUGGCUUGGUCAGAGGGCAAACCAAUGCUGCUGUGGUGUGGUGUGGCACGAGGGGCUCAGCUGCAUGGUGGGCUUGGUGGGAAGGGAAUUGCAGGGCUGUAGCUGCAACAAGCAUUUUUAUUACUUCUGUUUUCUCGAAUGAUUUGCUCAUGUCAAAAGCAGUUGUAUUUCAGGAUAUUCAUCUCUGAAUGUUGUUUCUUUAUAUAGAAAGCUAAGUGAUAUGUCUGUUAUAGAUUAGUCACACUGCUGACAUCCUUACCUGCUACACCGUCAUCAAAAUGGUUCAAUUUGAUUCACCAUGUCAUGAAUUUUUGGAUUCCUGCUUGUGUAGGAGGGUGCUGAGUAACUUGCUGGUCACAGAAAUUCAUUCCAAUUUUUAUGACCCUCUUAAUUGAUUUUGCAAGAGGCAGACGAGUGCUAUUGAACCUAAUAAUAAUAAUAAUCAUCAUCAUCAUCAUCAUCAUCAUCAUCAUCAUCAUCUAUUAUUUAUGCCCCUGACUGGGCUUCCCCAGCCACUCUGGGCGGCUUCCAACAAAAUACUAAAAUACAGUAAUCCAUCAAAGAUUAAAAACUUCCCUAAACAGGGUUGCCUUCAGAUGUCUUCUAAAAGUCUGGUAGUUGUUCUCGUUGACAUCUGGUGGGAGGACGUUCCGCAGGGCGGAUGCCACUACCAAGAAGGCCCUCUGCCUGGUUCCCUGUAACUUGGCUUCUCGCAGUGAGAGAACCACCAGAAGGCCCUCAGCGCUGGACCUCAUUGUCCGGGUAGAACGAUGGGUUGGAGACUCUCCUUCAGGAAUACUGGAUCGAGACCAUUUAGGGCUUUAAAGGUCAGCACCAACACUUUGAAUUGUGCUCGGGAACUUACUGGGAGCGAAUGUAGGUCUUUUAAGACUGGUGUUAUAUGGUCUCGGCGGCCGCUCCCAGUCACCAGUCUAGCUGCAGCAUUCUGGAUUAGUUGUAGUUUCUGGGUCACCUUCAAAGGUAGCCCCACAUAGAGCGCAUUGCAGCAGUCCAAGCGAGAGAUAACCAGAGCAUGCACCACUCUGGUGAGACAGUCCACAGGCAGGUAGGGUCUCAGCCUGCAUACCAGAUGAAGCUGGUAAACAGCUGCCCUGGACACAGAAUUGACCUGUACCUCCAUGGACAGCUGUGAGUCCAAAAUGACAUGAAAGGGGAGAGGGAACAAGAUAAAAUAAAUGUGUUUAUUGCAGAAUCAAGAGUGGCUGGGAAGACUACCUGACUUUCUUCUAGGUAGCCAUUGGAUGCAGGAGAUCCUGGGCUUAAUCUGGCGUGAUGGGGACCCCUCCUGGGUUCAGAGUUUACUAGUGUGGGAACGGUCACCUUGGAUUGAGAGUGUUCCAGGCCUACAGGUUGCCUUGAAAUCUCCUACACCCAGGCUCCUGACAUCUCACCUGCCUUUCCACAUUUUCCCCAAGUCCUUCCUGCACUCCAAGGCCAAGGUAAGAGAGUAGAAAUUGACACGUCCACCCUGCUUUUGGCUCCUGGGCAAUCUGUUAAGCAACAUGACAUGUUCAGUCUUUCAAACACUUCACCUACGACCAAAUCACCGUGGGCAACUUCUGUCAUGAUCACAGCUAGUUAGAGAAGGCUUAUAUAUCCCCACCCCAGAUGUUGUGGUUGUGGUGAAUAUUCCACUUUGCCUCUCACUUUACAUUUAACCUCCACCUAAGUAACUCCCACCGUUCCUGGAAAAAUCUUGUUUGAGAAGUCAUCCACAUUUUUCAAAAUUUUGGGGAAAGGUGGUUAGUCUCCAACUGAGUUGUGUCUGGUGAAAAGGUGUGGGGGGGUUAUUGUGAAAUUAUUAAUCCUGUAGGAUUCACAUAAAUUUUGGACAGGUUGCUUAGAGGUAAGGAAAGGCAAGUAUCUAACCCAAAAAAGGGGGUGAGAAAACUCCUGCCCAAAUCCAUGCUAGAGUAAGAUGAUAUGCUGCAAGAGGUUUAUCAGAAAACCACAAGCAUCAAGCACCAAAUCUUACAAGCACCUGUCCUGUGAGUAUAGGGUGGCAUACAAAUUUAAUUAAUAUAAACAAACAAUAACAGUAAAUUAAACUACAAAGACUUUGCUUCGUUUUCAUGAGACCCACCUAAGCUGCCUCAGUCUGUCUCUAGUUAGGGCUGCUUCUGUUGCCUUCCCUAAAUAUGUCACCUCCCUCUCUUCCAGGUUAUCUAUACCAUGCGUAAUCCCAAAGAUGUGAUGAUCUCAUCCUAUCAUUUCAACAAGGGCUUAAAAGCAGUGGAGGACCCUAGAACUUUGGAAGAGUACAUGGAGGAGUUCCUGAGUGGGAGUGGUAGGGAAAGAGGGAAAUCAGCCUCUCUCAUUUGUUCUACCUCACUGUUCACUAUGUUAUCAAGGCUCUUCCCUCUCAUUUCCUUUCGUUGUAUCAGAGAAGUACAAUUCCCAGCGAGAUAAGUGGGAAUGGGUUAGGAUGGGAAAAGGUCUCGCAGUACUCAUCUCAUUUUCUUUAAAAAAGUAACGAAUGUCAUUAAAAGGGGAAUUGGAAUGGCUGCAAAAUGUAGGGAGAGGAUACUGUGAAUCCCCAACUCCAGUGUAUUACAUAUCUUGCCAGUGUAAAUAGAAUCAUCAAACAGCUCAGCCACUAACUGGUAUUGGGACUUGUUGUAUCUGGGUGGCGUUGGAAGUUCCCUGCUACUGUUCUUGUUGAUCAGGUGAAGAAUAAAGGUCUUUUCUAGGUUCCUGACUGGUGCAUCCUCUAUGUCUUACCUUUCCCCUGAAAAACUCUUUACAUUCCACUUUGCUCUUCAAGUGUCUUUUGGUUCCUGGUUUGAGCAUGUGAAAGACUGGAUGGAGAUGAAGGACAGAUCCAACUUCUUCUUCAUCACCUACGAAGAACUACAGCAGGUAUAUUUAUGCCCCCAGGUUAUGUCUCCAACUUUGUGUCAUGUGACAUAUCAUUUUGUCAUUUUUUUUGUUGUUCUUAAAAAAGUCUUGUACAAUUGGUAAGGUGACUCUGAGUUAGAGAAGUACAAGUGUGGGGUUAGGAUUGCAGCCAUUCUUGUUACCUUGAUUUCACAGUUCAGUAUAAAGUUGCCAUCCUAUCUCGUUUCACGUCAGGGAGGGACAGGUUAGUUAAAAGUGCAGAAGUAAAGGAAUUUUAAAUUUAAUUUCAUUAAUAAAACAAAGAUUUAAAGUGGUAAGAAUGGGCAGUCAGGUCCCGAAGGCUCUCCCCUCUUUGACAAAAAGACAAGGAUUUUAACUGUGGAGCAGUGAUAAAACUGACAAGUAUCCAGAGAGAUCACUUCUUCCCCUACAAUAUGCUAUUCUGUAUUUAAUUCAAUGUCUUCUAAUUCAGUACUGACUCUUGUGCUGACUUUGAGGUACCCGUUGACAAAUGUUUGCAUCAUUUUUGCCAAGUGCUCCCCGCAAACGGACACAAUUGCCUUUGUUUUCUUCCUAAUAAUAAUAAUAAUAAUAAUAAUAAAUUUUAUUUAUACCCCAUCCUCCCCGGCCAGAGCCUGGCUAACAACAGUAAAAUCAGAGUAAAAACAUAAUGGGGGGGGAAGCAAUUUAAAAUACAGGUUAAAAUGAAAUUUAAAAUGCAGCCUCAUCAAAACCAUAAGGGGAGGGAAACAUAACUGUAAUGGUUCUAGGGAUUGCUCGUGCGUAAGCUUGUCCCAACCUCUGGCUGGGUUGCCUGAGUGAACCUUUCCUGUCCGGGCAGCCACUCGCCCAUGACUGUCUCAAUCGCUGGCAGAAUCCGUCAGUGGGCGUUUCUUAAACUUCUUCCAGCAAAGAAGCUCUUUGACGCCAAGUCUCCCCCGGUACAUACAGCGCACCCUUAUAGUACAGUAGACCUUCCUUUUCCUCAAACCCUCCAUGGACUUCCUUUCCGUCCCUGAGCUCCCUGAUCUUUGACUGAGCAAACUCAUCGUCUCUGGUGAGCCCUGCCAGUUCUCGUUUGCCAACCAACGCCCCCCCCACACCCACCGGUCCUCGGGGAACACGUGCCUGGUCUCUGGUGGCCCUUCUCCUUCCAUGUACUCCGGUUUCCGGGAGAGAGCGUCUGCCCUUACGUUCUCCUCUCCCGGCACGUAUCGGAUCUCGAAGGAAAACUUGGCGAACUCCUGGGACCACCUGAUCUGUCUCUGGUUGAGCACUCGCGCGGUCCGCCAGUAUUCCAAAUUCUUGUGGUCAGUUCGGACCUGGAUCUUGUGCCGCGCCCCUAUCAACAGAUGUCUCCAUCGCCGAAAUGCCGCAUAGAUCGCAAGCAGUUCUCGGUCAUACACGGUGUAGUUUUGCUCUGACUUGCUCAGCUUCCUGGAGAAAAAGGCACACGGCCUCCAGUUCUGCUUGGCCCCGGGUUGCAAAAGGACCGCUCCAAUGGCGCGGUCAGACGUGUCCAUUUCCAGUCUCAUGGGCUUCUCCUGAUCCACGUGCAAGAGCUGCUCUUCCGAGGCGAACGCCCUCUUCAGUUUUUCAAAGGAUUGCUGCGCAUCCUCUGUCCACGUGAACUUCUUUUUGCUACUAAGACAAUCCGUUAUGGGCGCUGUCAAGUGAGCGAAGUUCUUUAUGAACUUCCUGUAGAAGUUGCUGAAGCCGAGGAACCUUUGCACAUCCUUUCUGUUUUUUGGGGCUUUCCAUUCCAGCACUGCCUUUACCUUGCCCGGAUCCAUGGCCAUCCCUUUGUCUGACAGCCUGUAGCCUAGGAAUUCGACCUCCUUGGCAUGGAAUUGGCAUUUUUCCAGCUUGACCCACAACUGAUGCUUCUUCAAUCUCUGUAGCACCUCCCUGACAUCUCCGACGUGUUGCUUUUCAUCGUCCGAAUAGAUUAAGACGUCGUCCAAAAAGGCUACGCAAUUCUUGUACAGCAGGGGCCCCAACACAUGAUGCAUGAAUGCUUGAAAGCAGGCAGAGCCCGAUUGUAAUCCAAAUGGCAUGACUAAGUACUCAAAAGCCCCCAGGGGGGUGAACAUAGUUGUUUUCCAUUCGUCCCCCUCCCUUAUCCUAAUCAGAUUGUAGGCUCCCCUGAGGUCCAGCUUGGUAAAAAUCUUCCCCUGCCUCACAUGUGUCAAAAUAUCAUCAAUCCUGGGCAUUCGGAACGUCACGGGUUCUGACACCAGGUUUAGGGCCCUGUAAUCCACGACUAAUCUGGGCUGGUUAGUCUCCUUUUUGUCCACAAAGAACACUGGACUGCCCCCCAUCGCCUUGGAUUCCCUUAUGAAACCUCUCUUCAGGUUCUUGUCAAUAUACUGCCAUAGCUCCUGCAUCUCCCGGUCGGACAUGGCAUACAGAUUACCCACUGGUAACUGAGCCCCUGGAAGCAGGUUGAUUUGGCAGUCAAAGGGCCUGUGGGGGGCAGCUUGUCUGCCUCCCUUUCGCUGAAGACCUCCUUCAGAUCAGCAUAUUGUGGUGGCACCUCCCCUUUUUGCUCCAGGGCCAACCCAGCCACCCUGGCCACAGCCAUUCGGGGUUCCUUCCCUUCCAGACAGUGCUCUAAGCAGUAAGCUGACCCAAAGGUGACCGACCGCUGAUGCCAUGACACCACUGGGUCAUGCAUUGCCAGCCAGCUCAUUCCCAGUAUUAUUGGGGGUCCUGCCAGCGUGGCCACGUGAAAGGCAAUGGCUUCCGUGUGCCUGGAAACCCUCAUUCACAUUGGCGGUGUCUGGUGCAUCACUUCCCCCCCAGGAGUUCCCUGCCAUCGAUGGUGGUCACCUGCAAGGGAAAGUCUAGUGGUAACAGGUGGAGUUGGUGUUCCAGAGCGAAGUCUCUGCUGAAGAAAUUACACGAGCUGCCAGAAUCUAGCAGCCCCUUCACUUUGACGGGGUGCCCAUUUGGGAGUUCUAGCACCACCUCUAUGGCUGUAGCUGCCUUGGGGGGGGGGGUCAGGCUGGGGCACUUCUAUUGGUUGCUGGCCUGGCUGCUGCCCCUGCUGGUUGGCAGCCAGGCUUUGCCGUUUCCCUGCACCGGCCCUUCCUCCCCCUUCUCGUCGUGGCCUGCAGCCCCCAUCAUGCCUUGCCAGGCUUUACGUUGAGGGCAGACCUUUGCAAAAUGUCCCGGUCGCUGACAGAGGAAACACUUCUUGGUAGUUUUCCACUCCUUCCCCUCCCUUUUCUGGCCUUCACCAGCGUUUGAAACUUCAUGCGCGCGCGCUCCAUCAAUUUCCAUCGGCUCCGCCGCCUGGGAAGGCUCCCUCGGCAUCUCCGGAAUGCGGUUGUCAUGGAAACGUUCCGCCCUUAUCUCCCGCUUCUCUUGAGCCCGCGCUUCCUGGCGUACACCGAUCGCAAGCACAGUCUUUGUGAGUUCAUCCAUUGACCGUGGGCGGGGCGCUCGGGACAACUCGUUUUUCACUUCGGGGGACAAACCCGCCUCAAACAACAUUUGCAUCGGUUCAGAGCCCAGAUCCCAGCCAAGUUUGUGGACUAACAUCGCGAAACGCGACCAGUAGUUUCUGACGGACAGGCUCCCCUGCUUGCACCCCAUAAGCUCCCUCCGUGUCACACUUUGCUCAAUCUCGCUGGAGAACAUCGCGUCCAUUCCCUGGUAGAAUUUCUUAAGAUCUUUCAAUGCAUCAUUCUGCAUCGCCAUUAGGGGCCUGAUCCAUUUGCGCGCCCCAUCCUGCAGAAGUCCAACAAUGUAAGCCACCCUCUCCCCGUUAUCAGCAAAGUCAUUUUUCUGCACUUCCAAAGUGUACUGAAUUUCAGUUCGGAAGGCUUUGUAGUCUUGGGGCUUUCCACCAAACUUGUGUACCAGCCCCUGAACCUUCCUCCCUAUCGCGGUGGCUCUGACCUGUGCAUCCUGAGCCCGUCUCUCCUCCAGCCGCGCUGUCAGGGUAGCUACAUGCGCCUCCAGGUCUCGGUUCCUCUCGACCAGACCUCGCACCAGGGCUUCUUGCUCUGUCCCUCCGGCCGGCUCUGUUUGGCUCAUCUUGCUGCCUCUUCGGGACUGCGCACAAGCAACGUCAGGGACUGAUGGAUUGCUGUAAUGGUUCUAGGGGUUGCUCGUGCGUAAGCUUGUCCCAACCUCUGGCUGGGUUGCCUGAGUGAACCUUUCCUGUCCGGGCAGCCACUCGCCCAUGACUGUCUCAAUCGCUGGCAGAAUCCGUCAGUGGGCGUUUCUUAAACUUCUUCCAGCAAAGAAGCUCUUUGACGCCAAGUCUCCUCCUACUCUCCCUGCGCGGAAGCCUUCUGCGCAAGGAGGGCGUAGGCAGCGGAGGACCCUUCCUCUCCCCGCUGGUCCCCGGCAAGGAGUCAUGGGACCGCCUCACCGAUUCCCCCAUCUGCCCCCCUUCUCCACUGGAGCUACGUUGAUUCUCUUCCCCAGAAGACGGGCUGCCUCUCCCACUCCCGGGACGCUCUCCGCGAUCCCUUUGGAGCUUGCUCUCUCCCUCGGACACUGAUGGCAGUUCCCUGACAAUAACGGUCAGACUGAGUCCAAACCAAAGGCCAGGUGGAAUAGAUCUCCUUAUGGCAGUGUCAAUGUGAGGAUUCACUCAUUUGCUUUUUCCUUCGGCAGGACCUCCGAGGAAGUGUGAAGAGGAUUUGUCAUUUUAUUGGUAAAGAGCUGAAUAGUCAGCAAAUUGACUCUGUGGUGGAAAAUGCCUCCUUCCACAAGAUGAAGGACAACAAGAUGUCCAAUAAUACUCAAUUUUCAGAUACCUAUUUUGAUCACACAAAAGCAAAGCUCAUGAGGAAAGGUAACAAUUUACAUGAGAGACCAAGGCCAUGGCUUAUGCAAGCUAUGAAGAACCUUUGUGUGUGCAUGUGAGUGUGAAAGAGGGGGGGAGGUGGGGGGAGAAAAAGAAAGAGGUAUUGGAGUGUGGGGGAAUUUGAUUCCGUUCACCUUAAGUGAACCUACUUAACUGACACUUUCUUGUACUGAAACACAACCAUUCUUCGAAAUUCACACUACUCCAGAUUUUUCAAUGCUGUAUUCCAGACAAGUAAUCGGUACAAAAUGUCACUGCUAGCAUAAUGUAGGCAUAUAAAUGCAUAUACUGACAAUAACAUACAUAUUUGCAACAAAAGCAACAACAACCUGUUUCUUGCAUGAAAAAUGUGUAAUUAGGAUAAAUUUGCAUUAAAAUGCUGGUGGAUUUUUGAAGGAUUUUUUUAAAAAAUUACAAACGGAUGUUAUAAUGUGGGCAACUGAAUUUAAGAUUUGGGGAGGAAAGGAGAAAAGGAGAGUAACCAAAAUUGACAGAUUUGCCCAUUCUUACUUGUGAAGCUUUAGGAAAAUGCAGCUAAGUAAGUCUAAGCCAUCAACAUGGAAGCAUAACUACUCCUGGGGUACCAGUUGAGGGAGGGCCUGGGAAGAACAGCCAGGGAGCAGGUCCUGCUAUUCCUAAAAAAAGCCACUUGAGGCAGCUGCCUUGCUUCAACCAGUGGAAGGGCAAGUCCUGAGCAAGAUGAAAUGGGGUCCUGAUUUUAGUUGAAGUAAUUUUAGUGGAUCUUUUUUGUGGUUACCAAGUGGUUUCACAGCCUCUUGUGUUGUUCCAGGUAUCUGUGGGGACUGGAAGAACCACCUGACUGUGGCACAGAAUGAACACUUUGACCAUGUUUAUCGUGAGAACAUGCAGGGUCUGCGCAUGACAUUUCCAUGGGACUGA